UUUUAGUGUAAAUUAUAUAAACCUACUGCAGCAGGCAAUUGUCGUUAAUUGCCAACUUAUAUAGUGUUUGUGAUAUGUGUGAAUGCCUAUGUAAGAAGAAGAUUAAGCUUGUUUAUAAAAAGUGACAAGUACCGUCAAAAUGUAAGUUUAAUGACAUUGCGUUUGAUAUUAUUUUUGAGUUUAAUUUCAUACUUCAUUCUAAGGGGAAAACAUCGUACACAUCAGCAGGACGCAAUAAUUGUUAAGUUCAUGAAGGAAAAUGUCGAUAUUGCAAGGGGAUUCAGCCGUAGCGACAGAGUGGAAAUAGCGGCGGCUUGGAAAGAGUUGACCGAUGAGUUAAACGCCAAUGGACCUCCAUGCAAGUCAAUGGAAGAGUGGAAACGAAUCUGGAAGGAUUGGAAGCAAGCAAUUAAAAAGAAAUUCACCAACAUAACAAGGCAACAGCUGUCGGCCGACGGCGAAACUUAUAAACAGGAGGCUCUUACACCUACAGAAAAUGCUCUUGCUGACGUCCUUCAGCUGGAACAGGCAGUUAAUAGAGUAGCAGAUGCCAAGGCAUUUGGGCUUUCAACCGACAGCUUUUUUGCCGAAUACUUUGAAGAUAUCGAUGACGACGAAGAAGGUAACAUUAAUUUCGAAAGCUCAGAACAAAAAUUAGACCGUAGCGAUCUGCAUACGGAGAAUCCAUUGGAGACGGAAUCCGAACCGGACGUGAGUACUGGGUCGAGUGACUGCAGUAUGAAAACGAGUCCAGCCCAACUGUCGACACUUGUUGCUGAGGAGAAUGCCACACUUAAGCUGAUCUCCAACGAGCUUCGUGAUCUUAAUACCACUGCCAAGUCUGGAGUGGAGGCCAUUCUAGCGAUGGGACAGCAAAUGUGCACUUUGAUGCAACAGCAGCUGGAGGAGCGACAGAGGCACAAUGCUAUUCUAGAAAAACUGUUAGAAAAACAAAAUAAAUAAUUGUUUUUUUUUUUUAAUUUAAAUAUAAAGGUAAUACUUCGCUAUUGACUUUAAAGACAACCACAAAAAUAUGAAUAGUCGGUUAGUCCAACUAAAGACUCGGAAAAAUGUAUUUCUGUUACACGUUCUUUUAAAAGUAGAUAAACGUCAUGUUUAACAAAUCAAAAUAAAAUUCGAAAAAAAAAAUGCAAA